GAUGCAGUGUUAGAACAGGUCAACAUAGGGUGAGAGUGGGAAGACUGCGGCGGCUGGAGGAUGAAGGUAUAGCGCUCACUUCACCCACCAGUCUAUUCAUCGGUCUCGCACUGAACAACGCGCUGAUCACCACCAUGCACGGCGACCAGUGACGCGGAAGUCCACACUAAUUGUACACCGAGAGAUGACGAUGAGUUAAGGGAGUUAGUGUUCCUCUAGUGCGGCUCCGGACGUCUAGUUGUCUUCCUACCCUUCAGUACACUUCCCGUCAAGAAACAUGUCUCUCAUCACAGAGAAUUCUCCCUUGCUUGAGGCGCCUGAGAGGAACUGUACAUACGGGCACGGUGACCUGGAGAAACUUGAACACAGAGAGGAGUACAAGAAUGCUGAGGAUAAACCGCUGCUUGGGGAGGACACUGCAGAGGAUGACAGCGCCCCCGACGGAGGCUGGGGCUGGUUGGUGACCCUAGCUGGCUUCGUGAUUUGGCUCCUGAACGGCUCUUGCAGCGCCGUAUUCGGGGUGCUCUUCUCUGGCUUCCUCCUGGAUCUCGGGGUGUCCUCCUCCACCACCGCCUGGAUCCAGAACCUUACCUUCGUGCUCUCCAACUUCUGCUGCUACCUGAUGGACCCGCUGGUGGAGGAGUUCGGGUGGCGGCGCGUGGGCCUGGCCAUGGGAGUCAUGAAUGGCUGCGGUCUGGCUCUCUCCGCCUUCGCCAAUUCCGCUCAUUAUCUUUUCUUCUCGUACACCGUAAUGGCGGUCUUCGCCUGGUCAGACACUCUGAUACAGAAAAUGAGCGCUCUGGGGACGUUCGGCGUGGGCCACGGGUUCUUCUUCACGUCGUACAACCUGGUGAUGGUGGAGGUGCUGGGCCUGCCGCUGCUGCAGCCCAUGCUCAGUGUGACGGGCCUCUUCAAAAGCUCCUCCUUCCUCAUCUUCGGCCCGUUGAUCGGCCUGGUGAGGGACCUGAGCGGCAGCUUUCCAGUCUGCCUCACGCUGCUGGGCGUCAUCGACUUCUUCAGCAUCGCCCUAUGGAUCCUCAUUCCUUUUGCCCGAAGGUACGACCUGCGCAGGGAGCAACCGGACGAGUAACCUCCAGCACAGACAAAAGAAGUCUCAGCCAAUUCAACGAAAGCGAACAUCAUCCACACCAAACAACAAGGCCGCGGCAAGACUCAGAUACACGCUAAUGUUGCAGUUGCCUGAGGAGUUUGUUUGUUGUUUGUUGAAUAAAGACUUCUUGUAU